AUGUCCAGAAGAUAUCCUCGAUACGAUGAGGCGGACUGGGUGCUCGUGCUACAAGAUCUGGCCUUCUACCUUAAGCACGAGACAUGCUGGCAGGAUAUUGAUCCGACGCAAGUGCAGCCUGUGUACGCUUCUUACCCUAUGAGUAAGAGCCAAAGACUUACGUGGAACAGAGUAGCAAUGGAUCUUAUGCAUUGUGCUCCGACGACUUUCGUGAGCACUGCGAUGAAGAAACGAAAGUUGCUUGCACGGCAAAUCGCAACCAACUGCCCCACAGACGAAGACAAUGAUACGAAGCCGGCCUAUCUCAUUGAGGAAGCGACAACGAUGACGGCAGGCGCCGAUGAUGAAUCGCUAUUCGCGGACUUAUUCAAUGCGCUGAUUCAAUACCCGCCGUAUUAUGGCAUGGACUCUCCCGCCUAG